AGAAAAUCGUCAAACAGAAGGCAGAGGACGCCGAGUCAAGAUGGGUGUCCGAGACUGCCCGUCAUUUUUCACUGCGGUGAUUGUGAUUUUUUGCAUUCAUUUUGUGAGUGCUCAGCGUGAUCCCAUUCCAAAAAUUCAAGUUGUCGAUGGAGGAUUAUCUCCGCCUUAUUUUAAUCUUGCAGACAACCGACGUAUUUACGCUUCAGCCACGUGUGGAGAAGAUGUCACUGGGCCCGAAUUAUAUUGUAAACUGGUUGGUAGCAGUACCAGUAACUUGGAUCCUGGUGAAGAUAUCAACAUUAUCAAAGGACAGAUUUGUGACACAUGUGAUCCGACAGACCCUAAACGAAAUCAUCCAGCAUCUAAUGCCAUUGAUGGCACUUCCAAUUGGUGGCAGAGCCCACCUAUGUCUCGAGGGUUGAAAUACGCAACCGUUAAUUUAACCAUCGACUUGGGACAGGAAUUUCAUGUCGCCUAUGUUUUCAUCAAAAUGGGAAAUUCGCCUCGACCUGGAGUCUGGAUAUUAGAACGUUCCACUGAUAAUGGUAUUACGUAUGCACCAUGGCAGUAUUUUGCUGACACAGUAAGUGACUGCGUUGAUCUGUUUGGGCCCGAGACGAUCGAUCCCAUUUCGAGAGACGACUCGGUCAUUUGUGAAACACAGUUUUCUAAAGUUGUGCCACUGGAAGACGGAGAGAUUGUCGUGUCCCUGCUAAACAACCGCCCAUCUUCUACAAAUUUUUACAAUUCGACCGUUUUGCAAGAGUGGACAAAAGCAACAAACAUUCGUCUAAGACUUCUGCGGCCAAAGACAUUGCUCGGCCAGUGGGUCAGCUUUUCUCGUAAUGAUUUUACACUAACUCGUCGGUUUUUCUAUUCAAUCCGUGACAUUUCGAUUGGUGGACGAUGUGUUUGUAACGGCCAUGCUGAAUCUUGUGACAUUACCGAUCCCGAAGACGCUUACAAAUUACUAUGUCGUUGUCAGCACAACACGUGUGGACCUCAAUGUGAACGAUGCUGUCCAGGUUUCGUACAAAAAGCUUGGAAACAGUCCAAGGCAUACGAUCCUUUCACCUGCGAACCGUGCAAUUGCUUCGGACAUACUGACGAAUGUCUGUACAAUCCAGAUGUCGAUCGUCUGGGCACUUCAUUGGAUAUCAACGGUCAAUAUGAAGGUGGAGGUGUGUGCCAGAAUUGCCGUCACAACACACAAGGCAUCAACUGUAACGAAUGCAAGCCAACAUUUUAUCGUCCUUAUGAUAAACUUCUUAAUGCUACCGACGUAUGUCAACCAUGCCAGUGCGAUGAGUUUUUCUCGACAGGUAAUUGUGCAGAAGGUAGUGGUCAAUGUGAAUGUCGACCACAAUAUCUUUCGCCGUUGUGUGACCAGUGCAGUUUCGGAUAUUACGGAUACCCACAGUGCAAACCGUGCGACUGUAAUAUUAAUGGAACUCGAGAUCAAAUUUGCGAAGUUGGUGGAGGACAAUGUCCCUGCAAAUAUAACUAUGCCGGCAAUAAUUGCGAUGAAUGCGCUGAAGGCUAUUACAACUUCCCCGAAUGCAUACCGUGUCAGUGUGAAGCUCCAGGAUCCAUCUCUGAUGCUUGUGAUCUAGAGAAUGGACAAUGCCAGUGUGAUCAUAAUUUCGGAGGGCGGGCUUGCGAACGUUGCGAACAUGGCUUCUUCAAUUACCCAACUUGCAAAUACUGCAACUGUGAUCCACGAGGAACCAUCAAGGAAGUAUGUGACAAAGGAACUGGUCAAUGUAUCUGCAAGCCAGGGUAUGGUGGAGCUCGGUGCGAUCAAUGCCAACCAAGUUAUUGGGGCCAUCCAGACUGUAAACCAUGCAGUUGUAGUGAUUCCGGAAGUGCUUCGAGCAUUUGCACACCAAAUGGAAAAUGUCCCUGCCUACCCAAUUUCUCAGGCCGUGCUUGCGACCAGUGCUCACCAGGCUAUUACAGAUACCCCGAAUGCAUCAGUUGUAACUGCGAUACAUCGGGAUCGUUGGGCGUUUCUUGUGACGAUGAAGGACGUUGUCAGUGCCGCAGCAACUUUGAUGGACCGCGGUGUGAUCGCUGCCGUGAAGGAUUUUACAACUAUCCUGCUUGCGAAGAUUGCAAUUGUGAUCCGGCGGGUGUUGUCGAGGCGUUUGCUGGAUGUGGGUCUGUGCCCAAGGGUGAACUGUGCAAAUGUAAAGAGCGUGUUCAGGGACGCAUUUGCAACCAAUGCAAGCCGCUCUAUUGGAACAUGCAAACCAAUAAUCCAUUAGGAUGUCAAGAUUGUGAUUGCAUUGUUGCUGGAACGAUUGGUUCUCUGCGUGUGUGCGGAUCCGAUGAUGGACAAUGUUCUUGCAAAUCUCGAGUAACUAGUCGACGCUGCAGUGACUGUGCUGACGGUUUCUUCAACUUACAAGAGGAUAAUCCGUUUGGCUGCAUGGAUUGCGGCUGCAACAUCGGCGGAUCGGUAAGCCCUUUGUGCGAUAAGACUACUGGUCAAUGCGUUUGUCGCCAACGGAUUCAAGGAAGAUCGUGUGAUGAACCACUUCAACUGCACUACUUCCCCACGUUGUAUCAAUACCAAUACGAAGCCGAAGAUGGUUACACACCAACACGUUCACCUGUCCGAUUUGGUUACGAUCAGGGUCAAUUCCCUGGCUACUCUUGGCGUGGUUAUGCUGUAUUUUCUCAGAUUCAGAACGAAAUUCUCCAAGAGUUUAUGAUUGAGAAGCCCUCACUUUAUCGUAUGAUUCUACGUUACGUUAAUCCAAACGAAGAGACGGUAAUGGCAAAAGUCAAGUUAUCGCCAGAGAACUCCCACGAUGCCGAACAGACUUAUUUGGUUCGCUUGGAACCAACCCGAGAACCUCAGUUUGUAACUGUAGCUGGACCUUCUGGUAACCUUCCUACUCCAUUCAUCUUGAAUCCGGGAAUGUGGACAGCUUCUAUCGCCACGAACAAGAGUCUUCACCUUGACUACUUCGCUCUUUUACCUGCUGCAUAUUAUGAAGGAACAAUUCUUCAAGAACGGGUUCUUAAACCCUGUCUUCAUCUCGAUCAACAACAAGGAUCCUGUCGUCAAUUUACUUAUGCUAGCCUUGACUCUUUUCCUAGUAUUCGAGGCGAUGCAGCCUACACACUUGUCGACGAUAACGCCGGCCCGGCCGUGGUCAUUACAGAUUCACGGUUAACUGACGCUGUUGCUCUCAGCGAUAGCCAACAGGAAAUUAACAUGGAUCUUGGAGUUCCGCGAGCAGGCAACUACGUCCUUGUCUUAGCUUAUGUAACAUCUGGUCAAGGCAGGCGAACUUACAUCGAGGUAGACGUUCAAACAGGCAGUGAACAUCGUCAACAAGGCGUGGCGAUUUUGUAUGAUUGCACUCUGCGCACCAGUUGCCGUCAAGUGGUGACGGAUAGUGAAGGAAAAAUUGCUGAUUUCCAUUUGGGAACAGAUGUCAACAACAAUGUGAUAAUCCGCAGUGCGUCCAUUAAUGAAGAAGCUGAUGCAGCCAUUGAUUCCAUCAUUGCUGUCCCUUCAGCGGAAUGGUCCCUCGAUUAUGUCCAACCCAAAUCGGUGUGCAUACAACGCGAUGGAAAAUGCGUUCCCGGAAACUUCCCUGCUGCCUCCGAUUCUACCCGCGUAGAGUUUGAAAGUGGCAAUAUACAACAGGCCACAAACAAUCUUCCUGAAGAAAUUUAUGACGAAAAUGUUGGUUUAAUCUAUCUGGAUAUGAAGGAGCCAAUGGUGGAUGUAACCGGUAAAGUCCCCCAUACUGGUUACUAUGUAUUCAUCGUUCAUUACUAUCAGCCAACUCAUCCGCAAUUCGAACUCGAUGUUUUGCUACAAAACGGACAAUUCUAUGAGGCGAAGUUGCCAACAAAUCUUUGCCCGUCAAAUUCUGGAUGUCGCUCGGUUAUCAAACAAGCUAAUGGUAACCAGGCCUUCCAGAUUCAAGAGAAUUUCAUCUUGACGCUGAAAUCCCCUGCCAACAAGACCGCUUGGGUGGAUUAUGUUUACGUUGUUCCAGCUGACGAGUAUACCCCAGCUCUCCUGGAAGAAUCCCCAAUUGAUUUGACAUCCGAAUUCAUUGCUCGUUGUGGCCGGAACAAUUUCCAAGUGGACCGCAAUACGCCAGAUUUCUGUCGACAGGCAAUUUUCACUUUGACAACCGAGUUCAACAGCGGUGCUCUUCCGUGUCAGUGUGACUUCCAAGGUUCACUCUCUUUUGAAUGCGACCCGUUCGGUGGGCAAUGCCCUUGUAAAUCUGGCGUAAUUGGCCGUCAAUGUACGCGCUGCCAGACUGGCUAUUUUGGUUUUCCUGAUUGCAAACCAUGCGACUGUCCUUCCACUGCUCUUUGUGAUCCAGCCUCUGGCUCUUGCAUCUGUCCUCCUCGUGUAACAGGCGCCCGAUGCGAUCAAUGUGUGGCCAACACAUACGGUUAUGAUCCAAUUAUUGGUUGUGAGGAAUGUAGUUGCAAUGCUCAAGGUGUCCACCAGGGCAACCUCCAGUGCGAAUCUUCUACUGGCCAAUGUCAGUGUAAGCACAACGUUGUGAGCCGCAAAUGCGACCGCUGCGCUUUCGGAUAUUGGGCUUUCCCCUACUGUCAAUUGUGCAACUGCGAUGUUCGGGGAUCGGCUGAAGAAAUCUGUGACCAAGAUACGUCUAGUUGCUUCUGUAAAGAGAAUGUAAUUGGUCCGUCCUGUGACAUGUGCUCCUCUGGCACAUUCAACUUGCAAGAAUCCAACCCAAGAGGAUGUAGCAAAUGCUUCUGUUUCGGAAAGGCAUCUACAUGCACUACGUCGCAACUUUUCCGUUCUCACGUCACUGACAUGAAAGAUUGGACGGCAGCCGCCAUCGUUGUUGGUCUUGUCGGUUCACGCCGUAGUGUCGAUCAAGUUCAGUCCUACGAUCAAAUGAUUCGGGCAGUCCUCACCGAUUUCCUACCUGAAGAUGGCUCUUUUUACUUCUCGGCUCCGUUAACUUACUUGGGCAAUAAGCUGACUUCUUACGGAGGAAACCUCAAUUAUACUAUAGUUUACGUCGCUGGAACGGCUGGGUACACUGUAAGCGCUCCUGAUAUCAUCCUGAUUGGAGGCGACUUUACCCUGUACCAUUUCGGACAUGAGACACCAUCGUCAUCUGUCCCGUUGUCGGUUAGUGUUGAGAUCAACGAGAGAAACUUCGUCCUACCUUCUGGACUUCCAGCAUCUAGAGAGAACCUUCUAGUGGCUCUUAAGGAUGUUCGGGGCCUAUACAUCCGCGGAUCUUAUUCGGACCCAACACGCGAAGCUCGAUUGUCGUCAGUUAUUAUGGAAAUCGCAGUCAAAGAGCUCAUUGACGACGCUGACGUUGCUGUUGCUGUGGAACAGUGCAAUUGUCCAGUAAAUUACCAAGGAACUUCGUGCGAAGAUUGUGCUCCUGGUCAUUUCAGGGCUCAUACCGGACCAUACGGUGGCUUCUGUGUUCCCUGCCAAUGUCACGGACACAGCGACACAUGCGAUCCAAUAACUGGAAAAUGUUUCAACUGUAAACAUAAUACUGUUGGAGAUCACUGCGAGAAAUGUGAUAUUGGUUACCAAGGUGAUGCAACCCAAGCAACGCCUUCAGACUGUUUGAUUUGCGCCUGUCCCCUUCCAAUUGAGUCAAACAACUUCGCGCUAACUUGUGAUUUUUCACCGGCUGGGGACGAAAUCGCUUGCCAAUGCAAACCUGGAUAUACUGGCCCGCUUUGCGAGUCCUGCGCUCCAGGAUUCUAUGGAAGCCCAGAAACUGUUGGCGAUUUUUGCAAACCUUGCAAUUGCUCUAACAACAUUGACGUCGAUGAUCCUCAAGCAUGUGAUUCUGUCAGCGGUGAAUGCUUAAAAUGUUUGAAUAAUGCUUACGGACCCGCUUGCGGUCUGUGUGCUCCAGGCUUCUAUGGUGACGCAGUGGAACUCAAGGAUUGUCAGGGUUGUCACUGUGACGAGUGCGGAACGAGCCAAUGCAGCAGUUUUACUGGCAUUUGUGAAUGCCAACCCAAUGUCAUCGGUGAAAAGUGUGACCGUUGCGCUCCCGAUCACUAUGGCUUUAGUUCCUGUCGGGGAUGCCGAUCGUGUAGCUGUGCCGAAGCGUCAGAAGGAACCCAAUGUGACGAUAACACAGGACAGUGUCGAUGCCGUUCAGGAGCUGCAGGUCGCCAUUGCGAACGUUGUGUAUCUGGAUUCUGGAAUUACACUCCGGCAGGAUGCCAAUCAUGCAACUGUAAUGAAGAUUUUGCCAUCGGAGUUGGGUGUAACCCUGCAACAGGCCAGUGUGCUUGUUUGCCUGGUGUUAUAGGCGAUAAAUGUGAAGCGUGCCCCUACCGCUGGGUUUUAGUUCCCGACCAAGGUUGCUUUGAGUGCGAUUCCUGCACACAUAACCUCUUGGAUGUGACUGACGAAUUGAGGGUUAUGAUUGACCCCAUCGCCGGUGAGUUCCAAACAGUCGCAUUGACUUUCUUUACUCAUCAGAAAAUUGCUUCCAUAAACCAGUCUGCUUUGGAUUUAAGAGCUGAAGUUGGAAAUUUAGACGUUUCUCAGAUACAGUUUGGGCCACUAGAAGCUGUCACAGUUGAACUAGAGGCAACAUCUCGCGGUAUGAAAAUAAAAACCGGCUACAUCGAGGAGGAGUCUAUGGAAAAAGCCGGUGAAGCCAACAAUGUGCUUAUCGAGUCCAUCGAAGUGGAAAAGCUUAUUCAAGAGGCUGUGCAGAAAUCUCGUUCCAUUAUUGGUGAGGUUGCCAUUCUAGCCGAAAGUUUGGAAGGUGGAGCAGGACCCCAGAUUGACAAAGCAUUGGGUGAAGCCCAAAAUAUGCUACAAGAAAUUCGCUCAAGAAACUUCCAGCAAAGACAAAGUGGAGCGGAUCAUGAAUUACAAGAAGCCAUCAGCUUGCUGGGAAAAAUGAAAGAAGAAGCGCUUCCUGUUCGCGACAACAACUUGUUGCUUGUUAAUCUUACUGCUCGGCUGAACGAUCUUAUCAGCCGGGUAAAAGAUUUGAACAAUAACAUUGACAGCUCAAAGGAUAAAAUUAAAAUGGCUGAUAAGCUGACAAGCGCCAAUCGUGCUUCGUCCUCUUUAGGUGCAGUGGUCGACAUCCAGCAGCGCAAUUCAACUGCUAGCGCACAUUUGAAAAAUUGCGCACAACUUUUAGCGAAUGCUACAGCUUUGAUGGAAACUGCCAGAAAGAAACUUGAUCAACUAAAAUUGGAUAUCGAUCGUGUUAUGACAUCAAAAGAUACACUCCAUGAAACCGUCGAACAGAAAGAAACUGAUUUAGCCGAAUCGCGAAGAAUCCUUUACGAUGCACAAUUCCACGCAACCAAGCUCGGAGACCAAGCAACCGGAUUAGACGAAAUGUUGACCGACACACGCCAAACUUCCGAGAAUGCCGUUGCUGCUGCUAAUUCCUACAAAAACAUUGUUGAUGCAAUUGACGAAGCCAUCAAAGCAGCUGAACAGGCCACAAAUGCAGGUCAGAACGCUACUCAACUUUCAGCGGGGGUUGGAGAACGAGCGCAAUUAUCGCAUCAACGAUCGGAAGAGCUAUUAGCUCAAGCGCGAGACGCACUUCAACGAACCCAGACUAUGCUGAAGCCACGUUUAAUGGCGGCAGAAACACUGGCCAAUUUGGUGGAAGAGAAUAAUCAGCGCACGGAUGAAGGUCUGAAAGCCGUUAACGACGCAUUGGAUAAAAUCGUUCCUAGCAGUAGUUCAAAGGAAAAUGGUCGUAAAGCUGCCGAAACAAGCAAUGCUGCUCAACAGGGUGGCUCUGAAGCUUCAUUGAAGAUCCAAGAGAUCACCAAUGAAAUCCCGAUGCAAAGAGAUCGAACCAAUCAGCUUGCUCGCGAUAUUGAUGCUGUCGGCAAGAGUACUACAUUUUCAGUGUCGAAUCUGGAACGGCUCAACUCGGUGUUGCCUGAUCUUCGCAAUCUGCUGACUCGCACUAAAGAGAAGCAAGGUGUUUUGAGCGAGAUGGGCAAGGAUUUGUCAGCCAAACUAGCCGAACUGCGACAGAAAACGGCAUUGGCCCGCGAUCAAGCAAAUCGCAUCACAGUAGGAGUUACUUUCUACCACAAUUCAACCCUACAGCUACGCAAUCCAGAAGGUCUUUCCCGCGCAGCCACGGCCAAUCAAUUUUCGCUAUACUUCCGAACAUCUGAAACGAAUGGUUUCCUUGCCUAUCUUGGUAACGAGGUGGGGACUAGCAAGAAGCUAAGGCGAACUCGUUCAGACGACUUCAUGACUCUCGAAGUCCGUAACGGAUACUUGACCCUCACGACAGAUCUCGGCUCAGGUCCUCAGUCGGUUCUGAACGAUCGUUUUGUCGCCGAUAACGUUUGGUACCAGGCCGUUGUUCAACGGACAGGCAAGUCUGUUCGAUUGACUGUGCGAGCUGAAAAAGAAGCCGGUGAAGUAGAGGUUUCCACCAAAGAGGCUGUCUUGCCGGGCACCUUUUCGGUCUUUAAUUUAGAUCAAGACUUGUCCAAGAUCUUUAUCGGUGGAUAUCCAGCAGCAGCUAAGAUCCAACCUACCGUGCUGUAUGCUUCUUUCCAAGGAGAGGUUGAAGAGGUUAUGAUUGGCGACGCGGCAGUUGGGCUGUGGAACUUUGUAGAUGCCACCAACGUUUACGGUGCCAUCGAACGCGACAAGCUGAAAAAUCUGCAAGAGAGCACUGGUUAUCGUUUUGAUGGUGAAGGUUAUGCCACUCUAGAUCGCAAAUCUUAUCGUUUCCGCGAUCGAGUUGAUGUUCAAUUGAAAUUCAAGUCUAUGGCUGACAACGGUUUACUCUUCUUGGCUGGAAAGGGCAAAGAAUUUAUGUCAAUUGAAAUCAACAAGGGUAAAGUGGUAUUCAGGUACAAUCUUGGAGAUGACACCGUAACACUGAAAUCACCUGAAAGAUACAAUGAUGACAAGUGGCACACAAUCGAGGCUGUUCGACGGUUACGUGAUGGCAUUCUCAAGGUCGAUGGUGCGGAUGUGGCCCAAAGAUCGAGUACUAUUGGAGACUCUGACUUGUCAAUUACCAAUUACAUGUACUUUGGAGGCUAUCCUGGAGACCAUCGUUUUGAAGAUGUCACAAACGUGGAUUUUGAUGGCUGCAUUGAUGAGGUUCAAAUUUCCGGAACACCAGUCGAUUUGAGUCAGAAUGUCGAAGCCUUUGGAGUAGUCUCCGGAUGUCCAGCAAAGGUGGCUAAUAUCGUCUCAUUCAAUGAGGCUGGUACAGGAUAUGUCUCUCUUCCGGGCGUCAAUAUUGAGAAUUUCGCCCAAGUCAGCCUCAAAUUCAAGACUAAACAAGACAGUGGCUUGAUAUUUUACAUGGCUGACGAAGAUCAAACCAACAGACUGUCUCUCUCUCUACUGGAUGGUGCACUGGUACUGCGGUCAUCGCCAGGUGGCCAUGUUUCGUCUGAAGGACUAACUAAACUUAAUGAUGGGCAGUGGCAUGUUGUUACUGCAACUGCUGAUGGCUCACAGAUAAGUCUCGUCGUAGAUGAUUUCGAUGUUUACACACUCGAUACACCCAACAGUCCUUUAGUAAUUCCUGCUACGCCCAUCUACUUUGGUGGCGUACCAGAUCGUUUUGCUUUGGCUGCCGGUGCUUCGGCAACCGAUUCAUCGUUCUCUGGCUGCAUUGGUGACACGACUAUCAAUGGCAAGCUGAUCAAUUACGCCUCCUCCACAGGAAAUCAAGGAGCCUCUGUUGCCAAAUGUCCUCUUCCUGAUGUUCAUGGAGCACCUACUUUGAAGCCUAAACGAAUCGAUGAUGAAGAUGCGUCACCUCCCAUUGAAUCGGUACCAUCGGAACCGGAACCGAACCGGUACCUGUACCGGUGCCCGAAGAAGAGUUACCUUCCCAGCGGAUAUGUGACAGAAGCCACGACAGAAGCAGAAGUUAUCACGACAACCACUGAAGCGAUUCCAAUUACAACAACUACUGCUAUUCCAGAAACCACAACUAUUCCUAUGGGUCAGUGCCGCCUUCCGAUCCAACCUGCAGAUGAUCCCGAUGUCGACGAUAACAGUGGCAAUCGCUUUGGCAAUGUCAAGUUCAGCCGACACGAGUACGUCGCACUUCCUGGGCGCCAUCGACAAAAAUCAGAAUUGUCGGUUGAAUUCAAAACUUCUGAACCCGACGGUAUUAUCUUCUACGCAGCAGAAAACCGUCACAUUGACUACACAGCCCUGUACCUUAAAGACGGAAAACUCCACUUUUCUUUCAAUUGCGGAACGGGUCCGGCGUUACUUUCCAGUCCUGAAACUUACAACGAUGACAAGUGGCACACGGUAAUGUUCAACCGUGAUCGUCAAAACGGAACCCUUGUUGUCGAUGACCUCGUCGUUGCUGAGGGUAGCUCGCCCGGCAAUACACAGACGAUUAACGUCGACCAGCCCUAUUAUGUUGGAGGAAUCUCACCAGAAGUUUUAAAUAAUGCUCGACAUAAUUUCAAGGGAGUCGAAGGAGGCUUGAUUGGAUGUUUGAGAAAUUUCCGAGCAGGCUCCCGCCCUGUUGGAGAACCUAGCUAUACUGAAGGAACUGAGCCUUGCUCCUCCAAGGUUGAGACAGGGUCUUUCUUCGCCCUUCAAGGGGGUUACAUCAAAGCAGUUGAGAAUUUCCGCGUGGGUUUGGAUAUUGACAUCAGUAUGGAGAUCAAACCUCGUGGAACGUCAGGCAUUCUGAUGUCCGUACACGGUCGACGUGAUUUCCUACUUCUGCAGAUGGUUAACGGCGCUCUUAUCUUCAGCGUCGAUAACGGACGAGGGCCGAUUGUGGCGACCUACAUUCCGCCACAUGAGCAUCAUAUGUGCGAUGGCAAAUGGCAUUACGUUCAAGCCAUUAAGGCGAAGAAUGUCGUGACAUUGUCCGUGGACAAUGUGUUUGUGGAACCUGGAAUCGGUGUGGCCGGUGUGUCGUCCACUGAUACAAAUAAUCCGUUGUUCAUCGGUGGCCACCCCAACCCGAGUAAACCACGAGGAAUCAAGACCCAAGAGCAAUUCGUUGGUUGCAUCCGCAAUCUGAAUAUCAAUCGCAAUUUAUUGCGUUUUGGAUCAACGCAGGCUAUUGGCAGUGUUACAGCUACUACUUGCCCGACGAUCUAAAGCAAAGGGGUCGUGACCCAGAUUGAUUACUUCAGGAUGUAGUGAAGACAUCCCAAUACAUUUAUUUGAAAUCUG